AUGUCAGAAGAUCUCGAAGCUACCAAAUCUGCCAAUGAAAUGCUCAGUCAAAUAAUAGCAUUGGUCAGAGCCGCAACAAUGAUUGACACCGAGACAGAAAUUGGUGUCGAGCUGGUUUUUGACAGCCAGCAGAGCCUAGUGUCCUCGCAGACAGAGAGUGCUGAAACAGGCAAUGCUCAAGUUCACGACGAAAUCACCAUCAUAGCAGAAGCCCACAAACCAAGCAGCUCUCAAGAAGACAACAUGAUCUCGAAACAAAAACAAGCAGCAGCUGCUGCUGCCGCUGAAGAAGAAGCAGAGAUAAAAGACAAUUGUAUGCCUCCGCAAACCCUCAGGAGGCCAAAACGUGUUGGCUUUGAUAAGGUCGAGGUCAGACACUAUGCCAUGAUUUUAGACGAAUCAAGAUACAAGAAUCCAUUCUUGACUAUUGGUUGGGAAUCAUUUGAUCAUCAAAUUACCACAGUCCAAGAUUUUGAAGCCAUUCGCAUACCACAGCGACAGCCCCCCUUUGUCAUUGAGCCCAAGGAACGACUGUUCCUUUUGCUCCGAUCGGGAUUUUCGUCAAGCUUUGUUCGAGAGCAUCUUGCGAAACCCAACCCAGCCGUCGAGUCUGAAAUACCUGCUGUGGGAGAAACCUGCAAGGGGCUACUGAAGAAACAGGAUCAAAAACAGCCCCCAAGAAGCAGUGUCUUUCAAAAGAUGAUGAAGAUCCAAAUAGGACUCAGACUCAGGGGACGAAGAAGAAGGGUUGGGGCUGCAGAGUUCUAG